GCUCUGGUGGCUGAUACUAUAGUCUUGCCUUGGAAGAGUGAGCUAGUGUGCUUUGGCAGCUAGUGUUAUACUUCCAGCGAUUAUCUUGUUGUUCAAAGCACAAUAAAAUCUGUGCUUUCCUGAACAUUUUUUUAUUUAAUUUUUUCUAUUUGGUGGAUUUAUUGGACAUCUGGAGAUGAGCCGGAGAGAAUUGCGACGACUCCAGGAGGACCAGCGGACCUGGAGCCGUCAAGGAGAUCAUGAUGAGUCAUCCCAGACAGUGUUUGAGGAGAGGCUGCGAUCUGAGCGACGCAGAGGUGUAAGAAGAUCUCGUCAGAACACCCAGGAACAUCCAUCAAGCGGAGAAACAUCUCCUCGGCUACAGAGACCUCAGAGGGAGCACAGACACCGAAGCCGCUCUCCUCUUCCUACUCCUGAGAUAGCAACAGACAGACCAAGCUCAGAUCCUCGCCCUGGUCCAAGCUCCCAGCAACCAGCUGAGAAUGAGCAGAGUCUUCCAGCCAUGGUGAUUGAGAUCAACGGGCAGAAUCUCCCGGCCAUGAUGAUAGAGAUUGACGAGCAGAAUCUCCUGGCCAUCUUGGAAGAGCUCUACGGAUUCCCAAUGACCAUUACUGCAGAGGAAGCAACACAAUCGUGUGUUAUCUGUCUGAUGGAGUACGAAGAAGGGGAGCGAGUGAUUGUCCUGCCCUGCAGCCACAGGUAUCAUCCAAGCUGCAUAUCCCAGUGGUUUGAAACAAAUCUCAGCUGUCCUGUGUGCCGCAGAGAGUGCAUCCCGAGGCCGAUCGUGUUUUGGAUCUCCUGAGUAUGGCAGGAAGAGGAAGAUCUAAAUCACCAUCUUCUCUCCAUUCCAUACCAUCUCCUCCACUGUCCAGUUCCAUCAGCCAACUGCUAUAUCUCCUGUACUCCUACCACCCUCCUGCGGCCUAGGCUGGACAUAUCCACAGACUCCAUCACCACACUGGGCCUGAUUUAGCUCCCGACGCUGUAGCAGAGCAUGCAGUCAAGUACUGGUGUUUCGGAACCUUGCACAUGUGCCGGACCCAUGCAUGUGCAGUACAGGUCUACGGCGUUGGUCAUACUACGGUAUUGGAUUAUCAGUGAUUGACGUUCUGAUGCCGCUUGAGGACGGGGAACAGGUGGUAACAGCCCAGUUUCUCUAAAUGGAUUUGUGUCGCCCCCGUUGUUGGGGAGGGAUGGGGUUAGGAUCUCCGUCUGAGGUUGGAGAUUUCCUGGCCCCUUCAUAGUAGAUGAGGUGGCUGACUUCCAUGGGAAGAUGUAGAGGGAGACAUUGGAAAUCAAAGGGUGACAGGGGAAGGCAGAGCGUGAUGGGGAGCAUAGGGUGACAGAGGAAGGCAGAGGGAGACAAGGAGAGGUAGAUGGUGACAGAGAGGCCGUGGGUUGGCUAUAGCAGAGGUUGACAGGGAGAUAGUGGGUGAGGAGAAGACAGUUGCUGACAGGAAGAUAGUGAAAGACAGGGAGAGGGUAAAAGUGUGAUAGUGACAGGGAGAGGGUGACAGGGUGAUAGUGAGUAGCAAGUAGAGGGUGACAGUGACAGGGAAAAGGAGGCAUGGACAUAAUUGCUGACAGGGAGAGGGUGGCAUGGAGAUAAUUGGUGACAGAGAGAGGGUCACAGUGACAGGGUGAUAGUGAGUGGCAGGGAGAGGGUGGCAUUAAGAUAGUGAGUGGAAGGGUGAUAGUAUCAAGGAGAGGGUGACAGGAUGAUAGUGACAGGGAAAGGGUGACAUGGAGAUAAUUGGUGACAGGGAGAGAGUGGCAUAGAGAUAAUUGGUGACAGGGAGAGGGUGACAAGAUGACAGUGACAGGGUGAUAGUGAGUGGCAGGGAGAGGGUGACAGGGUGAUAAUAUCAGGGAGAGGGUGACAGAGUGAUAGUGACAGGGAGAGAAUGGCAUGGAGACAGUGGGUGACAGGGUGAUAGUAUAAGGGAGUGGGUGACAGGGUGAUAGUGACAGGGAGAGAGAGGCAUGGAGACAGUGGGUGACAGGGAGAGGGUGACAGUAACAGGGAGAGGAUGACAGGAUGAACAUGGGUGACAGGGUGAUACUGAGUGGUAGGGAGAGGGUGGCAUGGAGAUAGUGGGUGCUUGGGGAGGCAAUAGAGAAAAGCAAUGAGAUGGCUGCAGGCAUUGUCAUACACAAGUUUGCUUACAUUACUUAUGUGUCCAGGUCCAGAUCAGAUCAGCGUCGCUUGGCUGUGAGAUGGGCUGGGCUGUCUCUACAUGCAGUGGCAGGGCUGGCCUCCACCCAAUCAUCUUGGCUGCGAUGCAGGGGCGGAUCUAGACUUUACUUUUAGGAGGGGGGAGGAUACAUUUUUUAUCCUGAGUCCUUCCCUUUCUCGUGCCAACUUCUCCCCUUUACGGUGUCUUUUACGAUGACCUGGGACAAGCGCCCAGCGUCACUCCUUAUAUGCGGCUCAGGCCUAUGGGUCUGCCCACUUGUGGGUGCUAAAACCUAUAGGGCCUAGCACCCCCUAACUGGCCACAGGCCUAAGGCCUGACUUUUAGCCAUGGGUCUAGUUCCUGCCUACCAUGGGGCAGGUUGGGUGACUUGGGCCUAAUGCCCAGAGUCGCCUGAUACUCCUACGGGGGCCACACUUAACUGAUAGGGCCUAGUGCUCUCUGACAUGCCCACAGGCCUAAGCCUGAACUAAGCCACAAGCCUAGUGCUCAAUCUCUGUGCCCUGGGCCAAAUGGCCCGCAUAGUGCACCACAGGCCUAGUGUCUGAUUUGACCCCACAGGCUAAAUGCCAGAAAUCUGGAGGUCUAGUGGGGAAGGGGUUGACUUGCUUGACUCACUGAGGGACUACCUACACUGUUGGAGAAGCACUUCCCGGUCUUCAACUUCUGUCUUUGGCCGCCGCCCCUUCUCCGUGUUCAGCCGGAGCUGGAGAUCUUCUUUCUUGAUGGCAGCAUAUCCAGACCUCUUUUGCAGCCUCAGGAACUGCCAUCUCCUCCCCUUUACAGUGUCUUUUACGGUGACCUGGGCCAAGCGCCCAGCGUCCCUCCUUAUAUGCGGCUCAGGCCUAUGGACCUGUCUACUUGUGGGCACUCAAACUAAUAGGGCCUAGUAUCCCCUAACUGGCCACAGGCCUAUGGCCUGACUUUUAACUAUGGGCCUAGUGCCUGCCUACCAUGGGGCAGGUUGGGUGACCUGGGUCUAAUGCCCAGAGUUGCCUUAUACACUUACGGGGGCCACACUUAACUGAUAGGGCCUAGUGCCUGAACUGAGCCACAGGCCUAGUGCUCGAUCUCUGUGCCCUGGGCCAAAGGGCCUGCCUAGUGCGCCACAGGCCUAGUGUCUGAUUUGACCCCAUGGGCCCAAUGUUUGAAAUCUGGUGGUCUAGUGGGGAAGAGGGUGACUUGCAUGCUUCACCGAGGACCUACCUACCCUGUUGGAGAAGUGCGUCCUCAACUUCUGUCUUUGACUGCUGCCCAAUCUCUGCGAUCAGCCUGAACUUGAGAUCUUCUUUCUUGAUGGCAGCAUAUUCAGGCCUCUUCUGUGGCCUCAGGAACUGCUCCCGCGGAAUCCUCUUUGCUCUCCGGCCGCCGUGAUCCCUUCUU